GAACGCCAUUAUGAAAUUGCAGAAAAAUCGCUCAUACUACUGAUGAGAGCCUCGCUAAGAGCCUCAUCUUUGAGAGACUCGAUCUUCCUUGCUCAGCACACCCACACUUCUUUCCUAGUCGCCCUUUUUCUUCUCGUUUUCGCUGUAGGUAUUAUUAGCUAGAAAAAUGAUGAUCUGGUGCAGUCCCUUAUCGCUUAGCUCCGUGAUCCGGCGACUGUUUGGGAGCGGAGAGAUCUUGAGCGAUGAAGAACCUCUUAGGGAAAAAGGUCGUAAAAAUCUUCUAUUACAGGAGGAUUGCCGGUUUGUGCUGAAUAACUCCGAAUACCUCGCUUUAGACGGCGCACAGCUCCCGUGGAAAUGCCGCCAUCAUGAUACAGCGUUGGUCACGGUCAUAAAGAAACCCAAUGGUCAACACCUCAGCAAGCACUGGAUGAAACUCGAACUGGAGAGGUUGAGCCGUUGUGACGUGUACCAGCAAGACGGGUUUUUAAACGGGAUCCUCGUCACGAACGUUUCCAGUUGGAAAUCCUGGUUCCGCUUAGAGGUAACCCAGUACUUGCACAGUCUUGGAGCCCGAUGGUGCGAAUUUGUGGAUGAUCAAAAGAUUACUGCACUCCUUCGUCCUGGGCCGUAUCUUUAUAUAGGGGGCGUAUUAAAACCUGUUUUCCGCAUUCGGACCGAUAUCAACAAUGCCUUCCAAGCUGCCGUGUACCCUACGACCACGGUCUGUCCCGGGGCUGAUCUCAGUCAAUUUGUAUUCAAGCAGCUUCCUACUGCAAGCUUGUACCAGAACAGCCUCGGUAUUGCAACCGCUCCCAGGUCCUGGUAUGAUCCAACAUCAGGCGAGAAAGAACCGCUACGCAUUGCUAUAAAGGACUGCUACUUCCUGAAAGGGAUGGAGAAUUCUCUAGGAAAUAGGUCAUACUAUAGUUGUUCAGUACAGGCUUCUUUCACGGCUUUAGUGGUGCGGCGACUCCUAGAGGAUAAUGCUCAGAUCCUCGGCUUCACUAAGCUCAGCUCAAUGAUCUCCCGGGAAGAGCCUAUGGAAUCUGUGGACUUCCACGCGGUUUUCAACCCCAGAGGCGACGGGUACCAGUCGCCGGCAGGGAGUAGCAGUGGGAGUGCAGCUGCUGUCGCGGCCUAUGAUUGGGUCGAUGCAGCUAUUGGGACAGACACUUCGGGGAGCGGGAGACGGCCGGCCCUGGUUAAUGGCGUGUGGGAAUUUCGGCCGUCCCAUAAAGGAUACUAUCUCGAUGGCAUGAUAACGACAUAUACGCAAUGGGACACCCCAUGCGUGUUUGCGAGAAGUCUGAGCACACUGACUAGAGUUGCUAGGGCUUGGUCCCAUAGCCGUGGGCGUCUUGCUGCGAACUAUAAGAUCGUCUUUAUCGCCGAAUACUUUUCGGCAUCCGGCAAGAAACAAAGAAACUGCAUUUACCACUUCGUCCAGGAUAUGCAGAAAUAUCUCUCUGCGCCUCUCGAAAACCUAUCUAUCACGGACCGAUGGGAAUUGACUCAUCCGCAAAACACGCCUAAGGACCUGAGAUGGUACUUGGACGGAGUAGUUGAAAAGACCUAUUACUAUUCCUUCUUUCACGCGACUGAUAAGUUUCGUGAACGGUUCGUGGACAAAAACCACGGAUCCGAACCAUAUGUCACUCCCUACGUACAAGAUCGGUGGCGCAAGGGAGAAGCGGUUUCAGAAGAAGAAUAUAAGGAAGCCGAAUCGCGUCUGCAGAUUUAUAAGAACUGGCUACUGGACAACAUAUUUUCUGUUCCGGAUACCAGUGUCUUGGUGGUGCUUCCAAUCCAGAAAAUAGAACCCAAUUACCGAGACGAGGUAAAGAAAUCGCCAACGAGCCAAUCUGCACUGGACGAACUGUUUCUUGUCUCGAUUCUCGGCUCGCCGGAUGUUGUUGUGCCUAUCGGGGAAUGGUCGUACCCAUCAAAGAUUACGGGCAAAAAAGAGUAUUUACCAAUUGCCGUCAACAUAGUAGGUGCGCCUGACACUGACCUCCAGCUCCUCGACGCGGUUGACCACGUCAUGACCUCUUCUGGAAGGCGGACAGAGGUGUUACCAGGCUCACGGAUGUUCCCCCACAGGAGUUAGAAGAUGGGCUAAACAGUGGUCGGGAUGUAGUUGCGCCUAUGUCCUCGCUUUUCUAUUAGGCUUGUUAGAUUAUCCCGCAAGCAAGCAGUGAAUUAUCAAGAUGGCGAACUUGGUAAUCUGGGUUACUCCAAGAUUGCCCAGCCACUCAGGGCUUUCGUUCUAACAACGAGAAGUGUAUACGCUUACUCGAAUUGGGUCUUACUGAUUUCUAAUUCAUUCAUUAUUAUGUCAGAGGACAUCUGUACGGUCGUGGAACGAACGAAUGGGAAGGUUUCCCAGGAGAACGGGUCGGGAUGUGGACAAGGGUAGUUUGAGGAUUGUCUUAGAUCGUCUCGUCCACGCGUGCUUGGGACUACUAUGUAGUGGAACCAAGAGCUGGAUAGUCAAUCGCUUACCUGUCAUUCGUUAGAAUCCGUACAUCUACUAUGUACUGUUGCUCUGGAGAUGGGUCCUGGAUUAUCGACCUAUUGAUGUUAGUAUCUACCUUCAGGAUGUAUGCAGGCCUAUGUUGCUAGCGCCAGUUGUCAGCCC